UAACGUUUUGGUUUCGGUUUCCAUAUUUUAAUUCCAACGUUAUUGAUGAUUUUUUUUCUCCUCAUUUUCAUGGAAAUUUUAAUAAGAAUUUUAAUCAACUCAUCAACUACUGGGAGAAAGAAAAAGAAAAUUUGGAUACUGUAAGAAAAUGGUUAUCUUACAGCCGGCUUGUUAAGUUUCUUGGUUUAACUAGCGCUGUCCUGGCUGUUCUCAAUAGGAAUCAGAAUGAAAAAAUGUCUAACACCGCUACUUCUUUUGCA